AUGCAUCUCCCUCCCACUCCAACAAAAGCGCUUCUCAACAUCCGCCAAGAUCUCGUCCUUACACAAACCAUCAUCCGCCCAUUAACCACCUUCGUCACAACAAUCACCUUUGGCGCCACCGAGCCAGCGGCCGCUACAAGCACCGUCGCCGCUGUGCCCGUCCCCAUAUCGCACCACCAUGGCCUCUCAGGCGGCCAACUAGGCGCCAUACUGGGCUCUGUGGUCGGCGUCGUCGUUUUGGCCCUCAUUAUCGGUUUUUGCUAUGUUGGAAAGAAGAAGACUACUGUCGCGUAUGAAGAGGAGGAGAAAGUCAAGAAGAGGAAGCGAAGAAAUUCUCACAGCACUCGCAGCAGUACCCGCGGUGUAUAUCAAUAUGCAGAGGAGGACGUUUACUAUUAUACGGCUCCGAGAAAGAAGUCGUCCACCAAAAAGGGCAACGUCUCGAUCCAAACGCCAGCUCCAGCGGUUGUCUCAGAGAGGAUACCUGGAGGGCCCAAGUUCCCCAGCUAUCGCGCAAUCCCGAUAUCGAACCCAAGGAAUCCUCAAAUUCGGCGAACAGCAUAAAAGGCUGACUGACACGCAAGUCAGCUAUGAUCAAAAGCUCUCACUCGUCCAGGCGUAAACGCGAAUUGGGAGAGUAAUGAUAUGAUGAUGAAUAAAAUGAAUCACGAGUCUAUCGGAGCGAGGUGUCUGGCAUUGGAAAGGGCAAUGACGAGCCCAUUCUCAUGUAGUUAUAAUCGUAGUGAUAUUUUAUAAUGACUAAUGACUAACGAC